CUCAUUCCACUUGCGGAGUAUAUCCCGAGAGGGCGUAACGGGGCACGGGGAAGCUCUCUCGAGGCCGGCGACGAUCUUCGGUAGCGCAUCUCACCUCGCUCGGGUCGGCUUGCUCCGGAGUGCUCCGACAGCUCCGAUGGCCCGGACCGCCUAAAACGCGGCCAUCGUCGGAUUCGUCGGCAUCGUUUGCCGAUCAUCGGUGACCGUCGCGGACCAAUCCGCGGACAGGUGCCAUCAUGGCUGCUACUGUACUGCCCGCUUGUCUCGUCGUGACAUCGCCCUUUGUCCCAACAGUGCUCUCCUAAAUCGGUAUAGAGCAGGGAAAGCGAUCGUGAGAGAAGGAGUGGGACGACGAGGACGACGACACAUUAGAUGGAACGGCGAACUUCAAUGGAAGACUUCAGCUAGCAAAAUGUCAACCCGGUCGCAGCUCACGAAAGAUUUAAACGAAUCGGUGAAAGCGCUACUUGGCAAGCAUGUGAAGAUACUGUUAAAGAACGUGGUGAAAUUGGAAACAAAGCAGGACAAGCAGGAGAAUCGUGUUCUCGUGUUCUCGCCAUGUCGUCUGUUUCUCUUAUCGGCCAAAGUACCCACAAGAAUCGACUGCCAUUUUCAUUACCUAGAAAUAACGGCCAUAGAGUCGAGGAGAGCGAAUCAGCUAUGUUUGACUGUCGGAGAACGAUAUUACAAUUUUACUACAAACAGCGUCGGUGGGGAUACCACGGAAGUGGAUGCUAUGAUAGAGGCCUUACACACGGCGAUUCGAAAUAUCUUCCCUACAGUACCAUUAAAUUACAUUAUACGAAAAAUAGAGGUAAUACCAGCUAGCAGGCUGCAGAGUAUACGAGGGAGCGAGUUAGCUAGGAGCACAGAAGCCACAAGACACACCGGACCUUGCGGCGGCUUCUCGACUCAAUAUGCGUGCAUGUGCGACUUGCACGGCGUACCGUACAGAGAGGAGGUGGCCUGGGACGUUGAUACAAUAUACCUUUCGCACGACACCAGAGAGCUAAAUUUGAGAGACUUCGAUCAUUUAGAUCAGAAGGACUUGGUGCCAAUUAUCUCGGCCUUGGAGUAUAAUACUUGGUUCACAAAAUUGAGGGCAUCCCAUCUCAAACUAAAUCAUGAGCCUCUAGAGAGAUUGUUACAUAUUAUGCGAAGAUCUUUGUCUAUUCAGGAGCUUUAUUUGGAUAAUCUUGGGAUUAAAUGGGAUUUUGCUCAUAAGCUGUCGUUAGCCUUGAUCUCUAACGCUAACACGAUGCUGCAAACGAUAGAUCUAUCGCACAAUAUGAUUGAGGACAAAGGAGCCUCUAGCUUGUGUGGGAUAAUAGCCAAGUUAAUGCAAGGUGGUACUCAUCUGAGCGGCCCUAUUGGCAAGUUGCCUAAAGGUUUACAAAAAUUGAAUUUGUCCCACUGUGGAUUGACCGGGAAAGGUAUAAGCCAAAUAGCGCAUGCAUUAAGCUUGAACAGAAGUAUGCCGACUAGUUUGCGAUAUCUAAAUCUUUCGGAGAAUACCUUGAAGGACGACGUUAAUAAUUUGUGCAAUUUCUUGGCGCAACCUAAUAGUUUAACACAUCUAGAUCUUAGCGGUACGGAUACUACUUUAGAAUGCUUGUUCGGUGCAUUACUACGAGGUUGUGCAACUAAUCUAGUCCAUCUGAAUGUUGCCCGGAAUUCCUUUUCGAGCAAGAAGACCAAAGAAAUACCUCCCAGUUUUAAACAAUUUUUCACGGCGACCCUCUCGCUGAAGUACUUAAAUAUAUCCUCGUGCAAACUACCGUUGGAGGCAUUAAAACACCUGUUACUCGGUCUGGCGUGCAACGAAAGUACAGUUGGCCUAGAGCUUGAUAUGAGCGGAAACAACUUGGGUUCCAUGGGCGCACACGUACUGGAAUCGUGCAUUCACGGAGUUCGAUGUAUAGCAUCGUUGGAUAUAUCGGACAGUAACAUGGACGUCGAUUUGGCGCAAGUCGUGACGGCGGUCGGCAAGAACAAAUCGAUAAAGCAGCUAUACAUGGGACGUAAUACCGCCAGUAUGAAGAGCAAGCACAUAGCCGUCGUGAUGGACGCUUUGGUGCAGAUGCUUCAGGAGGACGAUUGCGUCCUUCAAGCAUUGCAUCUACCCGACUCUCGAUUGAAGGGCGAUCUCUAUAACCUGAUCAAUGCUCUUGGUAGCAACACGUGUCUACAUACCCUGGACAUUAGCGGUAAUCAGAUAGGUGAUCCUGGCGCGAGAUUGUUAGCGAAAGCGUUGCAAAUCAACAAUCAUUUACGGACCAUUAUAUACGACAAGAACAACAUCACGUUACAAGGCUACGCGGAUAUUGUUCACGCACUAGAGAAGAAUUUCAGCGUACGGCACAUGCCGUUUCCAAUUUACGAUCUACAACCUUGUAUGAAAACCUCCACGGAGAAAACGGAGCAGUUAGCCAAGAAGAUACAAGAUCUACUACAGAGAAAUGUCACGCCGUGCAAAUACAGCCACGGGCAGGCAUUCCGGUUGCAACAAGGAUUCCUAUUGAGCUCCACGCAGCAAAUGGUCGACAGACUCGUCGUUCAAACCCAGGACACCAUCAAAGCCCUCGCGGCUGAGAGCUGCGACGCUAAUAACGAUAUCAAUUAUGCGACAGGACUUAUACAAGAUGCGGAUAAUUCUAAACAGUUACUGCCAAGAUUGCACGAAGUGCUUCAGAGACGUGAUGAGAAUAAUCCAAUCGAGCUAAAGCUACACGAUAUGGCAAACGAACUUCAUAAAGUUAUUACAGUAUACCUACAGGAUUCUUUAGAUGCAAUGUUAAAGUGUGCGAAUGAGCAAUGUCCUACUAUACUUUCGCAAACGGUGAUCAGGGAUGAUGAAAGUGAUCCAAUCGCGGUACAAGACGAUCUUCGUAAUACAUGCAAAGAGAAAAACCAAAUCAAUAAUGAAUUCAUACAUACCACUGUUACCGAACAAGCUGGUGCAGAUAUUGUUAACAGAGUCAACGAGCUUAAUUUAGCUGUUGCGGCGCAUAUAUCUGAUAGGAUCACAGACGAGGUAAUCGAGUCAUUAUCAAGAAGUUAUAAAACUUUGAUUGGUGAUUGCGAUAGCCGAACAAGGAGCAGCACACCAGAUGUUUUACGACCUAGUGCUGGCUCGAUGAGUAGUGGAAGUGUGAUAGGCGUAACUAGCGCGAGCGGUAUCUCCAUGACUUUACCUCCUGGCAGAGCUAGCCUCGUAUCCGAAGAGGAUUGUCCGCCGGAGACAUGUUCGCUGGCAGAUUCCAUUGGCAUUAGCGAUCAAUCACCAAUGAAAUUGGAUUAUCUUAAUUUGGCGACGCCACAUCUGUCAAACAAGCGUAAAAGUCUACACGGAAGGAAAUUGAGACCCAAGUCCGUGGUGGACUCAGUAGAAGGAUUGUCCGCCGAUGAUAUACCGGAUCUCUUGCCGUCAUUGCCGAAGAGUCAAGCGGAAGCUAUUUCAGAAACCGAGCAUUCACUGACAGAGUCGUUAGAUUCCGUCUCGGAAUUGCCUAACACUGUGGGCCAGCAGUUGCAGCAUCUGGUCAAGUCUAGGCCGCGCAGAACGAAAACGCGAGCACCCACAAGGCCGAUGUUAAGACCGGAUCAACCGAUCGACGGUCUCGCCCUGGGCGAGGGUCUCGACGUGUUCUUCCGACCUACCACGCCUACCACGCCUUUGAUAUCGCCUACGAGCGACGACAGCUCUCUACAUACUUUCCCAACGGAUGGCAGUCCUAAUUUAUCGCUGACGAGUCACAAGAGCAUUCCACCCGAUAUGGAUAAGAAGCACAGCUGUAAUUCGCCGAUGCUGAAGACGCUUUUAGAACCCGCGCCACGCUCACGUUCCAGUGACAACUUGGAGAAAUUUUCCCCCCUCGUUGGCAGAAGAUCACAAGGUGAUUCUCCGCUUACCGCAUCACCGCUCGCCCGAAGAAAUACUACGGACAGCGCUCAAGCUCACGAGAGGUCCAAAGGCGAGACUUUCGCGAAGGAGACCUGUAACAGCGCCACUGCGAACGACGCGAGCGACGAUUCUAGACGCAGCACGCUGACAAACAUAUCCGGUAUGAGUCCGCGUAACUCGCAUGACAUCGACGACACUUUCGGAGCAAGCACAUCGGAGAGGGACCAGGAGAAUCGUAAAAAUGUCGCGAAGAAGUCCGCAGCCGACGCGGAUAAGUCAUCCUCGUCCGUCAAGCUACGGUCGACCGAUUUGAAAAGUCCGAUAAACGGUAACAACAGCAGCGGUACCAAGAGCACAUCCGAUUCAGCCAAGUCCCCCGUAUUGAAACCGUUGAAGAGUAGCGGGUCAACGAGCGACGGAAAGAGUAACGGCUCACUUAUGAAGAAUAAGCCUACCCCACCAGCGACAGCGCCUAAACCACGACCAUGGAGCAUGGCCACCGACCGAAAAUCCGGAGAAUUCAGUUUAUUGAGCGAUGGCUCUAGUCCGAACACCUCGGCCGGCAACACGCCUGAUUCCGGCGACGCUCUCGAUGAGUCGACCGACAGCGGUGUCAGCGGACCGGCCUCCUUGCCGCCGACGUUGUCGGCAAGCAGCACUGCGAGCUCAUUGAGCAACACGAGCGUAGAGAAAAGAUCGGUGAGGGAAUUGGCAGCGAGCUUGAACAAAAGUAAGACGGACAGGAAGGAGAACGAGCAUGCCACACCUGCAGCAUGGCGGUCGCUACUUCAACGUUCUGUCGAUCGAGCAGAUGCUAAGGUAACGGAAGUGCCGAAAACGGUUGAGGAAAGCCGUCUUAGUUUUAAGCUUCGUCGCACGUCAUUCUUGCGCGAUUCAAAUUUCAAUUACAACAACAACGACGUGGUGGAUGUCUAAUCGCACUUGGACGAUUGCAGCGUUGCAUAAGAGGUAUUUUCUUCCGUAUGCUGAAAGAGAUGCCGGCUAUCUGGCACACGAGAUAACAAGAUAACAGUACUCUUCGUCUUCGUGCCAUGGAAAGUUUUAUCGUGUAUAUAAAUAUACAUAUAUAUAAUACACCUCGACUGGGUUUUAACAUUAGAGACAGGGUACUGAAAGUUUUCACAACAACUAAAGUACUAAUCUGUUGUUAAGGUGGCAUUAGAGAAUCUUAUACUAGUUUUAUAUAUGACGUCGCGUGUUUACACGCAACCGUAAGUUUCGACUUAGUCACGUACUCACGUAUUAUUACCCAUAUACGCUUCAUCAUAUAUUUCAUGUACGAAGACCAAUUAUUUUUUAACCGCGCAUCUCGACCUUUUUAUUAAGAUACUUGACACUUCCAGUGAGAUUAAGCUUCAUUCCCUUAUAUGUGUGUGACAAGCGGUACGUUACGAUACCACUUAAAGAAUAUUAGCAAAAGCGUUCUCUCUAUUCUUCGAAGAUCCGUUUCGUUAUGUACAUACUUAUAUAUUGUUUGUCUACGCGUUUGAACAGCGAAAAUAGGACAAGACACAUCACAGUUUUAGCGAAACAUGCCAAAUCGUUUUCGCAUUAAGAUGUUAAGAACGGCGACUGAAAUAGGAUAAUACGUUACCUAAAAGAAGCAUGAGUGUCUUCCAAGAUCGUACAACAAUUUGCAGCAAUGACAUCUCGUGCAUACGUAUUCGUUCGAAAAGAUAACGUCCAUUAUAAUAUUUUUCCACUAAGCACGACAUGUCUUUUAAUCUGUGAUUAAUUCAUAAAAAUUAAUUUAAAAACGAUUCCAGAGUAGUUCCUGUUACACAACAAUACGUUUUACUAGAAAAAUGUAUUAGCAGGUAGAUCUUUUAGCUCAGUAAAUUCCAAAUGGCAGCUUUUAUUAUAUCUAUUAUGUAUAUUUAUGCAGCUAAUAUUUUCUAUGCCGGACGAUGGAAUUGAUCGCGUAUAAAAAUUUAUUCUUAAAGGAUAAUCUUUAGCGAAUAGAUCGAAUUUAUUUUGCCGCACAAGUUGAUGUCCGUUAUUUUACGGAAAUUCUGAGUUGAUCUCAACUUCUGACCCGUCAUGUGAUACUCCUCUAAAAUUUUUUCUUACUAUAAAAAUUGAAAUUGUAUUAAUCGAAUGAAGCGUUAACAAUCACAACGUAAAAUCUACCACGGAAAAUUUGUACGCGCAAUCACAGUCGCAUUUUUAACGUUAUUGACUGAGAACGUAGAACUCUACAUAUAUCUCGUCGUUCAAUUGAAUAGGAUUAACAAUGCAAGAUUAUUUAUCGAGAUACUUUGCCCUGCGGACUCUUUGGGGGGAGGAGGGAGGGAGGAACUUUUUUGUAAUGAAAACAUUUUUCGUAGACGUUAAAUCACUACGGAAGUAUAUAAUCACGUAUCGAAGACGUAUUUGCUCUUUUAUAUAACGACAAACGCGUGUACAUAUAUAUGUAAAAAAAAAAGAUUUAUGUAUAAUAAUAAGGAUGAGCGAAGUAGAUCGUGGGGAGUCCGCGAUUCUUGCCGAUUUGAAGCAAAGUGUAAUGUGGAAGGAGAAAGAUCGAAACGUCUCUUGUGAAUUUUUUACCACGCUUAAUUAUCAUCACGUAAUAUUGAUAUUGAUCCCUUAUACGAUGAUACAUAGAAUGUGAUCGUUGCAUCUUAUCAUGAUAUUAUCCAUUAACAGAGGAGAGCGUUCUUUUCCCUAAUGUUAAGCGAACGAGUAUUAAAGUAUCGUGUUAAUAAAAAUUAUUGUACGCGUGUGUGUGUGUGUGUGUGUAUGUUUGUCAGUGUAUAUGCGCACAUGUGCCGCAGGACAUAUUUAGGUUGUAAAAGCGAAAAAUGUACGUUUAAGAAAGACGCAAUUGUUCCAUCUAUAUGUGCGAGAUACGUGAGAAAUCGUUGUAUAGAUAUACAGGAUGUAUCAGAUACUUAUUAUAUCACUGUUAAUGACAGACUCUCGAGAUCAUUUUGAGUUGAAAAUUCUAAUACUAAAAUGCCAAGACUAUAAGUUUUUAUAAAUGAAAAACAUUUAAAGUUGGCCAAUGAAAUAUUGUCCGAAGUUCACGCGUUUAGGCAAAGCAUAUCGCACAGUAGUGAAAGUGAGUCGUAGAACGUCAAUUUCGAGAAUAUCCAAUCUUAUAUUUAAUUCAAAUUGCAAAAUGCAGCUUGCUGGCAGAUUGGCAGCAAAUUCGAUCAGAUUCCCUAAUGCAAAUCUAUAAUAAUCCGAAUCCACAUUAAGCUCGAGAUCUGUCGACAGAACCUGACGUUCUAUGCCAGCAGACUUUAUCUCUAGCGACAGUUUGCCGACAUCGUCAAGUAUUACUCUGUGUAAAAUUUGUUGCUUUUCUGCCAUCAAAAAUUGAUAGCAUACUCUGCUCAAAAUCUGUCUUUGCAGACAUGGGUAAGCUAUCUUGGUAAAAUUAUUUUAAGUGUAAUCUCAAGAUGCGAUAAUGUACGAUCAUCAGCUGGAUGUAUCUAAUCUUAAGUAAAUCCGGGACAUCUUAUAUAAUUAUGCAAUUGCAGAUAUACAUAUAGUAUAUAUAUAUAGAUCUUUAAAAGGAAAAAGCCUCGGUCCUAAAGCAUACCUCUUUUAAUUUAAUAUGCGGAUUCCGCAAAAACACGCGCUCUCAAACUUGCAUGGUCUACUAGAUAAACGUAAGAAAGUCUCGUAUUAAUACUUAAUCGAUCCGACGCGAGAGAUAAACUCUACUCGUAAAAUCGUUUUUGCGAUAUUUACUUUUAGGCACACGUUAGCCCCCAGCGCUUAUCGAGCUUGCCCUUAGGGCGAGAGAUUUCUAAAUACAGUCUCGUACAUUCGUUUAUUCGAGACUAAAAACUUACACGUAUAUACACGCGUCUUUUGUCGCGUUACGAGCGAUUUUUUUUUGUAUCCAGCGUAUACGCACUGUGAGAUACGUCGUUCGCGAGAGGAAAUUGAGCGUCACAUCGCAUCGUAAACCGACCCUGCCGAUUACUGUGCCAAAAUGUCUAUUAUACAAGCGACUACGCACAACUUUUAUACUAUUAGGACUCGCUCCAUUCUCGACCGAUUUUUCGACCCGCCACGUCGUUUGUAAUUGCAUCGUUUAAUUCGCUCGUGGACAGUACGAUUCCACAAUAUUGUAUAUAAUUGAGGACCCAAUAAUCUCAUUCCAUGACGUUACUUACUAAUAGAGGUUGCAUUACUUUCAUUCGUGUAUAUACAUACAUAUUUAUGAAACACACACACACACACACACACAUACACACAGUAUAUAUACAUACAAGAGGAUCGAAAAGAGAAGCAGGUGCAUGCGCGUGGGUGAUGUAGAGUGUGAUAUAUCGCAUAUUUAAAUCUUCCCUGAUACACAUUCCUGUAUGCAUUACACGAUGCAUUUCUAUAUAUAUACGAAUGCAAAAAAAAUUACGCGAAAUGCACGUCGAAAUAUAUCGUAAAUAUUAAUAUCUCGAUUGCGCCGAUGUUGCGCUUAAAUAAAUGCGACGAUCGAAUGAUCCAGCGAUGUUAACAUUUGCAAUCUAUUUUGCCGGACAGCUUAAUAGAAGCGCGAUAUUAAUCCGUUAACAAAUAAAAUAAAGAUUCAUAACAGUA